AUGGCUCGAGAUAUCACGGCAACAUGGCCGGUCCACGAGAUUAUUUACACCGCGAUUGUGGGGGUCGUUAUGUUGGCGGCCAUCCUUGAGUGGUUCCUAUGGCUAUCAGCUUUCCUAUACUGCCUUGUCAAGGUUUUUCAAAAAGCAGAGCAUUGGACGAUUAGAGUGCUAGCAAUUAUCAUCGCUUUCUUCUUCACCGGGCUCCGUUGUAUCUUUUUGCCUAUCAUGAUUGUCACUUUACCGCUCCCUAGCCAGAUUACUCAAUAUUGGCCACCGGAUAUGGUUGAUAUCCUCCAGUGGUUCGCUUUUUGGACUUUUGCAGUAUUAUUAACAGUUCCUUGGCUCUUUUGCGUUUAUCAACUUGUUACGCAUCAGCUUGGGAGGAAGAAACGUAUUAAAGAAGUCCUGGAUGAGGUCUCUGCACCAAAAGUAGUCAUCGUUAUGCCUUGCUACAAGGAGGAACCCGACGUCCUCGUCACUGCUAUCAACUCCGUCGUAGAUUGCGACUACCCCCCUUCAUGCAUCCACGUAUUCCUCUCGUUCGAUGGAGACCAGGAAGACGAACUUUAUCUCAACACCAUCGAAAAACUUGGCGUUCCUCUUACGCUGGAGUCAUAUCCGCAAAGUAUUGACGUCUCGUACCGAUCCGCUCGAAUUACAGUCUCACGGUUUCCUCAUGGUGGAAAGCGCCACUGCCAAAAGUCGACCUUUAAACUCAUCGACAAAGUCUAUAAAGAAUACCUCAAGCGGAACGAUAACCUAUUCAUCCUCUUUAUCGACUCGGAUUGCAUGCUGGAUAGGGUCUGUCUGCAAAACUUCAUAUACGACAUGGAAUUGAGUCCGGGGAACAGCAGGGACAUGUUGGCCAUGACGGGUGUUAUAACCUCAACGACGAGGAAGCAUAGCGUAAUCACCUUGCUGCAAGAUAUGGAAUAUAUCCACGGUCAGCUGUUUGAAAGGACUGUGGAGUCGGGAUGCGGAUCGGUCACAUGCUUACCUGGUGCCCUGACUAUGCUGCGAUUUUCUGCGUUUCGAAGAAUGGCCAAGUACUACUUUGCCGACAAAGCUGAACAGUGUGAAGACUUGUUCGAUUUUGCGAAAAGUCAUUUGGGCGAAGAUCGAUGGCUUACGCAUCUUUUCAUGAUUGGGGCCAAGAAGCGGUACCAGAUCCAGAUGUGUACUUCAGCAUUUUGUAAAACAGAAGCAGUGCAGACAGUCAGGUCGCUGAUUAAGCAACGGCGAAGAUGGUUCCUUGGGUUCAUCACGAACGAGGUUUGCAUGUUGACCGACUGGCGUCUUUGGAAGCGGUAUCCAAUCUUGCUCGUCGUACGAUUCAUGCAGAAUACGAUACGAACAACGGCUUUGCUCUUCUUCGUCAUGAUGCUUUCGUUAAUGACGACUACUAUGAGGAUUGAUCAGCUUCCCGUCGGGUUCAUUGCUAUUUCCCUUGGCCUGAACUGGCUGAUGAUGAUAUAUUUCGGGUUCAAGCUAAAGCGAUUCAAGAUCUGGCUCUACCCGAUAAUGUUCAUCCUUAAUCCAUUUUUCAACUGGUAUUACAUGGUUUACGGCAUAUUUACUGCUGGUCAAAGGACGUGGGGCGGACCUCGUGCGGACGCUGCCACUGCAGGUGCUAAUACGACGGUGCAGCAAGCUGUCGAGCAGGCCGAGCAGACGGGAGACGAACUCAACGUCGUUCCGGAGACAUUCAUACCGGCAGCCGAAAGCAAUGUGCUACCUCCGGAGAAGGUCGAGGGCAAAUUUGCAGCCCCCGAGAAGAAGGCAAACGGAUUUUACGCGUAUCCGGAGGAAUCAACAAGCAGCUCCAACGCCCCAGGGGCUUCUGGGUCGCGCUAUGUUCUUCGCGAUCGCGAUUCGGUAGACAGUUUUUUGACUACCGGGAACAAUUCCAUAUACUUACCACGGAGGGUGGAGAGUAUUAUGGGAGAAGAAGAUCGAAAGAAGUACCAGAUGGCACAGGCCAGCCAGUAUACCCAGUUCGUGGAGAAUUCAAAGAAGUAUGCUAUCCCUCCGCCGGGUCAAGUGUACGAAUUCUCCGAUGUAGAACUGGAAAAGGGGGGUUGGGACGUGAAGGUCGCAGAGGUGAGCCACACAGAACGCUACAGAGACGAGGAUAGCAUCCCAGAUUCGUCUUCAUCUCGCGCAACUUCGCCGGGACCUUUCUCGUCUCUAUUAGCGGUCCAAGAUCCGUCACGGGUCUCGGCUCAGGACCUCGGUGUAUCCGAAGCGCAUCAUCAACGGCGCAAUAGGAACGGGGGGAGCCCUCUCGGGAGAAAUAGCCCAAUAACAAGAACAACAACGACAACGCACGGGCCCGGGCCCGGGGCUGGUGAGGAGGAGGUUGAGGAAGACAGGCCCGUCUCCGGGCGCAGUAAGUCAAGGAGACCCGGCGGAGGAAAAUAG